GAAAAGUGAAUGCUCGCUCGGCAUGUACUAUUAACUGAAAGGGCACCUUUUUAAUUUUGUCUAAUGGAUUUUUUUUUAAAAAUGGAGUUGUUUUGUAUGAAGUGGAUGGUCAAAAACAUUCCAGUAAACCAUAAUUCCUCUCUAUUAAAUGCCUCUAUCACUGAACUUUCUUAUGGGCAAAUUAGCUUUUAUAAAAGUGUUGAUUUCUACAUACAUCUCUUAAUUAGCCCACAAUUGAAAUUUUUAAAAGUGAAUGAAUGCUUUUAUAAGCUCCAAUAGGCCACUCUUGUUUUGGCUCUGCAGACAGGGAAGGCCCAUACUUUUUAUUUCUUUUUCAAGUUUGCUUCUGCAGAUCGACAAUCUAUAGUAUUCAUUAAGUUAGGCAUCAAAAUGGUGAAUGAAACAUCAAAACAUAAUAAAAAAAAGUGCUGCACUUGGAUUAGUAUAUAACUUUGUCUUUACACUUUGUAUGCGGGUAUAAAGCUGCUAGUAGGGUUGAGUUUCAUUCUUUGCAUAUUUUGUUUAAAUGUAAUGAGGUGUCUUGUUCUUCCAAGACAAGCAGCCUGUGGAGUAGGUGCUACUGCUAAUUCUCACGAUAAAAGACAAAGAAAGAAAGGCCUUUAACAUUCUCCUAAUAUCACUCCUUAUGAUGCAGGGCUACCAACUAUGAGGAAAUGAUCGAGCAGAUACAUCAACGGAAGUACCAAAAUUUGCAGCCAUUUUCCUAUAUAUUCACUCAUAUUGUCAAUUCAUAUCAUCCUCCCCAUUGAGUCCUCUAGCUUUAUCGAUCUCCUAAAAACCAUGGAUGAGUUCAGUUCCGAAAGGUCAAAGACAUGGAACAUCUACACCAGUUCAGACCUUAGCCCUUCUCAAACAGUACUCAUCGAGAGGGAGGCUCCGUGGAAGAACUUUGGGUCAUCAAUGAAUGCCAUUUCUUUUGGCUUCGUUGCGACUGCAGUACUGGUAUCAAUGUUUCUUAUAAUGGCCAUUUUCGAACAUCUGUUUAGGCCAAAUCCUUCUUUUUCUUCACCUCAGUAUGGGAGUGGUAGAUCUCUGGAAAGAAGACCGGUGGAGAAACGUCGGCAUCCACAAGAAGUUUCGACAUCGCACACGUCAGAUUUUUCAGUACUGAUGCCAGGACAGCAGUAUCCUACAUACAUAGCCCAACCUGCUCCUCUCCCCUGUCCAAGGGAAGGUGUCAAUUGGCCUUCCCAUGAACAAGAUAUUACUUUGCCUUAAGCCCUAUGAUGAUUACUUUGUAUGUUCCAUCAGUUAUGAUUGCAUUUAUUUCUCACAUAAGGAUUAAGCUAUCAUUAAUUCCAUACUCAGCAUUUUCUAAAUGUUAUAAUCACAAGUACAUUAUCA